CGGGGCCCGGGAGAGGCAGCGGUGUCCGUGAGAGGAGGCCCGGCUCCCCCCGCGCUGGCGUGGGGCGGGAGAGCCGCCGCCCUGGGGGGCCUGGGCCGCGGGGAGGGCCUGUGGCUGCCCCCUGAGGCCUGUGGCUGCCCCCUGAGGCCUGUGGCUGCCCCCUGAGGCCUGUGGCUGCCCCCGGGGUCGGGUGGGCCUGUGUCCCCCGGGGUCGGGUGUUGGCCCGGGGGGAAUUACCGAGCUCCUCCUGCCCCAGCGGUGCAGGGGAACGAGCAGCGAGUGGGGUGCGCGGCAGGGCUGUGAGCCGGCGGUGCGCCCUGGGGCAGAGGUGCCCCGUCUCCUCCUGCGUCCGAUACCAGGAUUGUACGCUGUGGCUUUGAAGCGGGCGAGCUGCAUGCUGUGGAAGGGCACCUGGCUCCUCCUCUCCGUAUUCUGCAGACAUCAGCUGUGGUGAGCUCCGCGCCUCUGGCAGCGAAGUUCAGCACCGCGUUUCACUUCUUCCUGACCUCAGCUCAUUCUGUCUUUCAAAAAAAGAUGCUUUUUCUUAACAAGUUUAGGCCCGCUUGAUAGUAAAAUUGAUUAAAAACUAUUUAAACCCUGCUCCUGGCACGUGAUUUUGGGAUUUGUUCCUGUUUCUCGUUUUACGAUGGUUUAUUGCUCGGCGCUGAACUGUCAGAACGCCACCAGCGGGGUGUACAAGAACAGCACCGUUACUUUUUAUGGCUUUCCUUUACAAAAUAAACCUCUCUUGAAGCAGUGGAUUCACAACAUGGGCCGGGACAUGGGAACGCCGUCCAAGCACCAGCGACUGUGUUCGAAGCAUUUUGAGGACAGCUCUUUUGAAAUUGACCCCUUGAAAAUUAGAAAAAACAGACGUCUGCUGAAAGAAGCUGUUCCCAAAAAGUUCAUUUUGGGUGAAGACGGAAACUGGCUCGUCGGCACGCCUCGGAGUUUCUGUGGUGGGAUAAGUAAUAAAACUCGAAAACGAAUCCGGAAUCCCGAGCAGUCGAGGGUCCCUGGGACGUGUGACGACGCUGCGGCGCCUGAGGGGACGGACUUGGAAGACCGGCAGAGAGAACUUUACAAGAAAGUGAUAAAGGAGAAUUACGACUCUUUGACCGCCUUGGGUAAAGACUAUCCUGCUCCCAGAAGCAGCGUCCAGCCAAGAGAAGCGCAGCACGCCGAGGAUCAGCCGGAUUUUGCGGAAAGGGAGACCCCCGCAAGUCUUGGCGCAGGCUGCGGCGGGGCUGCCGUCAGAGCCGAGGUGCAGAGUCACCCCAAGAGUGCGGAAAAUACAGAACUGUGUGGAUCAUCCUCAGGAGGAUCCUGGGAGCUGACUUGCCAAAUUUCGGCCAAGGGGGUAACAUCUGAGAGCCAUCGGAAUGCAGCAACAGGUCAGGCAAAUCCAACGGGAAGCAGAAGGGGCAACGGCUCCCUUGAGGAAGGAGAACCGAAGGAAUUCAAAGAGAUCCUUUUUGAUCAGCAAACCCAUACGGGGGAAAGACUUUAUCUGUGUCCAGAAUGUCAGAAGGCUUUUAAAUUGAAAAUUGGCCUUCUGAAACAUCGGCAAAUUCACAGCAAAAAGAGUCGGGCGUCAUCGUACAUAUGCACAGACUGCGGCAAAAGCUUUGCUCGCCACGCGGACUUGACUCGCCACCAGAGAACUCACACGGGGGAGAGGCCUUACAAGUGCACGGAAUGUGAAAAAACCUUCAUGGAAAAGCCGAGACUCACCAAUCAUUUGCGAACUCAUAACAUAUACACGUAAUCGGUGCGCCAAAAGCUUUCCUGGGAGAGAUUUUUUUAUUUUUUUAUUUUUUUUCCCAUUCAGUUACCAAAAAAUCCCCCUCCGUCCAGAGGUGAUGGCUUAUAGGCAUACGGCGAUGACGGGGGAAGCUUUAGGAUAAGACAAUUCAAUAAGACUGAAUAAAGUUCAAGCGUGAGAAGCAUCGGGUUGGCGCCAGCCUAACAGUCAUUGAUUAGGAGCUGAUUUUAAUUAGCACCUAGAUGAUUCAUCUCUGGGAGGAGGGGUUGUGCAGAGCAGUGCUGACUGUACCCAAAAGCAUUAUUAAAAAAAAAAAAAUCUUCUGGCGCACCAAACGGCACGUGGUAGAGAACGUCUGUAUUAAUGCAGAAAAAUGCUGGGAGUUUUGCGGGUAGGAGAAGGCAGAGAAAAUGUCGCGAUCAGCCCAGGAUUGUCCGCAGAGCUGUGAGCGGGAAGUGGAGCUUCUAAGAGGGUAGGAUAAGGCGAAUGGUUGGGUUUGAUGUAAAAUUAGCAACCGAAAAAAAAAAAAAAGCCCACGUUAGUUCAGCAGUUACAGUCAUAGGACAGCUGUGGUGGCAGAGAAAGCACCAUCACAUGGAAAUCAUAGAGCCACAGACCAGUUUGGGUGGGAGGGGACCUUAGAGACCACCCAGUGCCACCCCCUGCCCUGGGCAGGGACACCUCCCACCAGCCCAGGUGGCUCCAAGCCCCGUCCAACCUGGCCUUGAACCCCUCCAGGGAUGGGGCAGCCACAGCUUCUCUGGGCAACCUGGGCCAGGGGCUCACCCCCCUCACAGCCAACAAUUUCUGCCUCACAUCUCAUCUCAGUCUCCCCUCUGUCAGUGGAAAACCCUUCCCCC